AUAAGGCAGCUGCGCUGCUGAGCAGCAAAAAUGGAUUGCUUCAUUCAGGGCUGAAAACCAGAGGCAACAAAGAAUAGGAAAUCCCAUUUCGGACCGGUCGGUAUCCCACACCGUGCCGGAGAAGACAUUCGCCCACCACAAGCCACUUCCUCCGCCGUCGCUACUCUAUUGAGUAAUACGGCACCAACCAAACAGCACAAGACAGUCUAAUCACUCAAUCAGAUAAUAUAAGCAGUCUAUGGCAUUUUGAAGCACUAAUGGCUGCUGAGCUACUAUCCCCACAACGAUCACCGAAAAGUCAGAAUUCAUUAUUAUCUUGUUAAAAUGACACGAUCAUUAUCUACCCCUUCCUCACUGGAAGAGAUUCCUUCUAGUGUCCUGACCUUGAUAAUCCGCUACCUGAGUGAUCCUCAGUCGCUCUGUGCCAUGGAACAGUCCUGCAAAACCUUUCAAUCCCUCUGCAUGUCAUCGGGUAGUUGGGGCGAAUUGUAUCGUGCUCGUUGGAAGAGUCGCGUACCUCCCAAACGCCGUUGGAAAGAUUCUCACUACAAGGACGAUUAUCAUCGACGCCACUUGAUUGAUGCUCAAUUGCAACUCUGCAUCGAUUCCCUCAUGGUGACAGAAACCACCGAACGACAACAAGUCAUUAGAGCCGUCAGUCAAAUCAUGUCCUUUGGAACGGAUGCCAUGGAUGUCUGUUGGAAGUGCUACAUGGCGCACAAGACUACUACUGAUGAUGACGACAAAGACGACCAUGAGGAUCUGAAUCGCAAAGAAUUAAUUGCCAUUUGUUUGCUGCGAUCCGUCCAUUGUGCCGUCGUCUUUGACGAUGUCAAAAACUUGUGUACCCACAAUUCACCCAUUUUCGACGACGAUGAUGACCCAGGAGCGGAAUUGGAAGAAUAUGCCAUUACCAGCAGUCGCAUGUUCUUUGAUAUCAAACAAGGACCCGAUGCCGUUGCCAUCACAAACCAAUGGAUACGACAACAACUAGAUAACAUUGCUACCCAAGUCAAGACACAAAUCAAACAAAAUCCGGCACCACCACAAUCCACUUCUACCAACACCGACAAUCAUCAGGAUCCCAUCACGCUCUACAAAUUGCAAGUCCUCAAUACCGUCUUUUUUGAUACCCUCAAUUUUUCUGGAAAUACCGACAAUUAUUACGAUUUUCACAAUUCCAUGAUGCAUACCACGCUGCGACGAAAAACUGCCAUACCCAUGACCUUGGCCGUUCUCUACAAAUGCAUUGCACGAAGAAUUGGUGUACAAGUAGAUAUCAUUGGUUUACCGGGACAUAUUGUCAUUGGUGUCCCCGCAUUGGAUCGAUACGUCGAUGUCUUUCGCAAGGGACAACGAUUCUUGACGCGGACCGAUUGCGAACGCAUCGUACACAGUUAUGGACAUGUCAUGGUGCCGGAAUUCAUGCAGCCAUUGACACCCGCGCAAGUCUUUCGACGGAUACUCAACAAUUGCAAUAAUUGUCUCGCACAAGUAUUCCCGCCCAAUGCUUCCAAACGCAUGGCCAUUGAAGCCAUGCGAGCCAUACUCAUCAAUCCAACUCAAGAACAACUACUCGAUUGCCUACGAUGGUUUAGUACCGUGCUGUGGGGCAAUCAUUCCAGUGCUCAUUUGCAUGAAAUGAGUCGUUGGUAGCAUUCUAUUUUGUUUGUUCAAGUUGAUAAAAAUAGCACCACCUAUAGAUAUACAAGCGUCGUUCAUCUCUUGGCGCAACUGA